AUGCAGCGGUGCAGCUACAUGUUGGGGUGGACAGCCUUCCUCCUCCACGCCUACCAGGCCAGUGGCGAGAGCCAGGAGGCCUGUGUCUUCCCCUUCAUCUACAAGGGCUCCACCUUCUUUACCUGCAUCCAGAUCAAUAGCUUCUUCCCCUGGUGUUCAACCAGGGCGGUGUAUGAUGGCAGGUGGAAGUACUGCACAGUGGAAGAUUACCCGCGCUGCAUCUUCCCGUUCAUCUUCCGCGGGAGGCCGUAUGAGAGCUGCACGCUGGAAGGGAGCCUGAUGCGGAAGGCCUGGUGCUCCGUCACCUCCAACUUCGACCAGAAGCACCAGUGGAAGUUCUGCGAGACCAACGAAACAGCGUUGUCUCCGCCUGCAUCGAGAACGAGGACAGCAAACUCUGGUGCCCCACCACCGAGAACAUGGACCGGGACGGGAAGUGGAGCGUCUGUGCCGACACCAGAAUUACUGCCGUGUCGCCUGGCUUCCCCUGCCACUUCCCGUUCAACUAUAAAAACAAGAAUUAUUUUAACUGCACCAAGAAGGGGUCAAAACAGAAGCGUUUGUGGUGCGCAACAUCCUACAACUACGACCAGGACCACACGUGGGUGUACUGCUGAUGCCCCGCGGGGUGGAAGCAGCCUAGAAGAGAGAAGCCAGUCUUGGGAGAAGGCUGUCCCCUGGGGCUGGCACCUGUGCCUUCUGGGCCUAGAUGGUCACCUUUAGAAACACCAAAUUAUCACCCUAUGGCAUCAUGCGGUCUUCUGAGAAGAGCAGAGGGAAUCGGGGCACAGACACCCAGAAAACGGUCUCUGUCCCCCACCCUCAGUCCGUGCCCACCUCAUCACUUCCUUGAAGGAGACCCAGCCUAGGGGCAAAGUGGACUCUUCAGAGUCCUGAAGACGAGACCCAGGGGAGAGUGUGGGCAGCACCUAAUCCAAUCACUGACA